UGCGUUAGCUCCACGUGAAUUUUCACUACUUAAGCUCCUCAGAUCGAUCCUCUUGAUUCAUUCCGCUACACAGGAAGCAAGGAAAACCCACUGUUCUCUCUACUGAAGCUACAAGGACAUCAUCAUCAUACAAUGUCAAAACCCUCGUCCCACGCUGAAGAUUUAUAUCUCUCAUCCUCCACGGAGGAAGAUUCGUCGGCACCGCCGCCGCCACCGCCGAAGGUUGACGUGAUCGACAAAAGAAAAAAUCCAAGCCGCCGACAUCGACGAGCUCGAGCAAGAGGUCAAAACGUUCGUCCCAUACCGAUUCGUAUCUCUCAUCCUCCACUGAGGAAGAUUUGCCAGCACCGCCACCGCUACCACCGAAGGCUGACGCGGUCGAAAAAAGAAAAAAUCCAAGCCAUCGACAUCGUCAGCAAGCUCGAGCAAGAGGGUCAGAAUAGCUCCUGUGAAGCCGCGGCACGGCACUGCAGCGGAACUAUUCGGUGCCGAUAG